CUCCGUGCACUAUCCAGAGGGCGGAGUGUGACGUCCCCCCCUCCCUCUCCAGCAAUGCCAAAGUCCAAGCUGGCCGAUUACCGCUAUGGCCGCGAGGAGAUGCUAGCACUUUAUAUCAAAGAUGACAAGGUGAGCUUAUGUAAUGAGUGACUCACUCUGAUGAUUCCAAUACAACUGUUUGUGUUAAAGGUGUCUGGCCUGUUAUGACUAAUGGGUAUGAAGUAAACCAGACUGUGUGUUCCCAGCCCCCAGAGGAUAUCAUGCAGGAUAAGGAGUUUGCUGCUAUCCUGCAAGAUGAGCCUGUGCAGCCUUUGGCCCUGGAGCCUCUAACUGAGGAGGAGCAGGUGAGACUGCAGGAGAUGUAGGAGCGGUUAGUGAGUCAGAGGUUCAAUGCUCUGAUCCCUGAGAAGUAUUUGGGCAGGAUUAACUCUCAAAUCUCAGAUCUUAGUUGUUACUUUCACCCACAAUGUGCUUAUCCUGCUUCAGUGUAGGUUGACAAAAUGUAUUUCUGUGUCAACGUCAUUCUCCUUCCUUCUGUCCUGCAGAGAAACUUCUCCAUGUCUGUGAACAGUGUGGCUGUGCUGAGGCUGAUGGGAAAGGGAGGCGGGGCCGCCCCUGCAGGUGUGGCCAAGGGUCGUGGAGGAGGCAUCAGAGGAGGUAGAGGUGCAGUUAGUCACCACCUGGAGUGAUCAGGACGGUGCAACUAUACACAUAGAAAUGUAUUAACCUGCUGUUAUAGGCCCCAGAAUGGAUUUCUGAUGUAUGUGUGUUUGUGCAGGGAGAGGAAGAGGUGAAGGUGCAUUCUACCAAAGAGCUCCUGGAGGUCCUGAUGAUGGAGAGGUGGGCUUCGGUCGUGGCCGAGAAAUGCUCCGCAGCCAAAGCUGGGAUGACCGGUAGGCUCACUAUCCUAUACUACGCUGCCCUCGCCCCCCAGAUGGUUAUCAUUCGAUCAUAUUGAUGGUUAUUGUUUAUCGUCUUUCCUUCUGUCAGAGCUGAUAGGCCCAGGUUUGAGAAGCUAAUCAGGCGUGCUGAAGUAGUGCGUCCAGGGUUUGAGGAGGCGGGGCCUCUUGGCAGGAAGGACUCCUGGCGUGCCGACAGCGACAACUGGCGUACGCUCCGAGAGGAGGAGGAAGAGGCAGCAGGAGGAGUGGGAGAGCAGCCAGCCUGGAGAGUUGCAGGAGCCCGCAGUGAUGGUACACUCAAACACAGACCUAACCACUCAUACUCCCUCUACUCAAAUCUAAUGUUGCACGUUUUCUAAUACUUUGCACGUUUUCCAUGUCUGAUGGACACUCCCUCUCAAAUCAAAAUCUCAAACACAUAGAUGGGGGUCCUCGGUCUGCAGGCUGGCGUGAUCAUGGCGGCCGGAGGAAGUUUGAGUUUGACUUCCGUGACGGCGAGGGCCCACGCAGGGAGGACGACAGGGACGGCCUUCCUGAGUGGUGCACCGAUGAGGAGGAUGGAGAGAUGGGCACCUUUGACUCCUCUGGGGCCUUCAUGUGCAUCAAGGUUUGUGUGUUGGCUGGCAGGCAUUAUUUCUGUCUGUUUGUCUACGUGUGUGUGUUUGCAUGUUACUUAUAUCUAUUCUGAGCCUUAUGCUUGUCGAAGCAGAAAGGCUCCAAGGACACCAUCACUGAAGAGGAUCUGGAGUUUGAAGCUCUAGAGGAAGAUGAGGAGAAUGGUCAGGAAGACAAGGACAACUAUAAGGAUAACUACACUGACAGAGGUGAGACACUUUCCCUGGCUUUAGUAAACAACUAACAGAAGAACUUGCUGCAUUCAUAGAAUGCACAUUCACCCUCUCUUUCUCUCUAGAUAAGUGUGAAGCAGCACGUGAGGAGGUGGACAAGUACAGGACUCCUUCUCCUCCUGCUGUCUCUGCCCCUCCCUCCUCAGACCCUCUCCCUGCACCCUGUGCCCCAGAGGCUCCCCAGGCACCCAUCUCCCACCCCUCCAAAACCAACCACGUGCCCACUGAAGGUAAAUACUGAAUUCAGGGCUCUAAAUUAAAAAAUAUUCAUUAGUAGCACUAGUGCUCCCAACUUAAAGGUUAGGAGCAGCACAUGAAAUUUAGUAGCACCAAAAAAUAAGAUUUUUUAAAUUGAUUGAGAUACAGCCUAUAUUGGGCCUUUUAUUAAUUCUAGCUACUUUUGAAGCACAUGUUGUGCCCUAAACUAAUAUGUAAAGACAUGUAUUUAUAAUAAAAGCUAAAAUGUUGAUACAAUUGAAAUUACAAAGUCAUUUGUGGAAUAUUAGGUUUUUACAUUGUGUAAAAGUAUUAUUUUCCUGUUGAUGCAUGUACAUUGUCUUAUUAAAUAUGUCAGGUUUGCGAUGUUGACAUGCAAGAGAUCUCAAAUUAACACCUGCCAAAUGCGGGUAGAUUUAGGCUUUGAUGGGUAAGAUGUCUAUUUUACCAGCCACGUAGGCGGGUGGUCAGGGCUCCACAAUGCAAGCAUUUCACUCGCAUUUGUGAAUAAAAAGUGGUGUGUGUAUACAGUGGGGGAAAAAAGUAUUUAGUCAGCCACCAAUUGUGCAAGUUCUCCCACUUAAAAAGAUGAGAGAGGCCUGUAAUUUUCAUCAUAGGUACACGUCAAUUAUGACAGACAAAUUGAGAAAAGAACAUCCAGAAAAUCACAUUGUAGGAUUUUUAAUGAAUUUAUUUGCUAAUUAUGGUGGAAAAUAAGUAUUUGGUCACCUACAAACAAGCAAGAUUUCUGGCUCUCACAGACCUGUAACUUCUUCUUUAAGAGGCUCCUCUGUCCUCCACUCGUUACCUGUAUUAAUGGCACCUGUUUGAACUUGUUAUCAGUAUAAAAGACACCUGUCCACAACCUCAAACAGUCACACUCCAAACUCCACUAUGGCCAAGACCAAAGAGCUGUCAAAGGACACCAGAAACAAAAUUGUAGACCUGCACCAGGCUGGGAAGACUGAAUCUGCAAUAGGUAAGCAGCUUGGUUUGAAGAAAUCAACUGUGGGAGCAAUUAUUAGGAAAUGGAAGACAUACAAGACCACUGAUAAUCUCCCUCGAUCUAGGGCUCCACGCAAGAUCUCACCCCGUGGGGUCAAAAUGAUCACAAGAACGGUGAGAAAACAUCCCAGAACCACACGGGGGGACCUAGUGAGUGACCUGCAGAGAGCUGGGACCAAAGUAACAAAGCCUACCAUCAGUAACACACUACGCCGCCAGGGACUCAAAUCCUGCAGUGCCAGACGUGUCCCCCUGCUUAAGCCAGUACAUGUCCAGGCCCGUCUGAAGUUUGCUAGAGUGCAUUUGGAUGAUCCAGAAGAGGAUUGGGAGAAUGUCAUAUGGUCAGAUGAAACCAAAAUAGAACUUUUUGGUAAAAACUCAACUCGUCGUGUUUGGAGGACAAAGAAUGCUGAGUUGCAUCCAAAGAACACCAUACCUACUGUGAAGUAUGGGGGUGGAAACAUCAUGCUUUGGGGCUGUUUUUCUGCAAAGGGACCAGGACGACUGAUCCGUGUAAAGGAAAGAAUGAAUGGGGCCAUGCAUCGUGAGAUUUUGAGUGAAAACCUCCUUCCAUCAGCAAGGGCAUUGAAGAUGAAACGUGCCUGGGUCCUUCAGCAUGACAAUGAUCCCAAACACACCGCCCGGGCAACGAAGGAGUGGCUUUGUAAGAAGCAUUUCAAGGUCCUGGAGUGGCCUAGCCAGUCUCCAGAUCUCAACCCCAUAGAAAAUCUUUGGAGGGAGUUGAAAGUCUGUGUUGCCCAGCGACAGCCCCAAAACAUCACUGCUCUAGAGGAGAUCUGCAUGGAGGAAUGGGCCAAAAUACCAGCAACAGUGUGUGAAAACCUUGUGAAGACUUACAGAAAACGUUUGACCUGUGUCAUUGCCAACAAAGGGUAUAUAACAAAGUAUUGAGAAACUUUUGUUAUUGACCAAAUACUUAUUUUCCACCAUAAUUUGCAAAUAAAUUCAUAAAAAAUCCUACAAUGUGAUUUUCUGGAAAAAAAAUUCUCUCAUUUUGUCUGUCAUAGUUGACGUGUACCUAUGAUGAAAAUUACAGGCCUCAUCUUUUUUAAGUGGGAGAACUUGCACAAUUGGUGGCUGACUAAAUACUUUUUUCCCCCACUGUAUGUGUGUUUGUGUGUGUGUGUGUGUGUGUGUGUGUGUGUGUGUGUGUAUAUCGGUAUACAUCAUUUUAAUUAGCAGGACACAAGUCAAUUUUCCCUCUGGAGAGUAUGAAUUAGGCUGUUUGAGAAGGUUUGAAUCCGAAGCAACCUGCCUACACAUACAGUACCAGUCAAAAGUUUGGACACACCUACUCAUUCAAGGGUUUUUCUUUAUUUUUACUAUUUUCUACAUUGUAGAAUAAUAGUGAAGACAUCAAAACUAUGAAAUAACACAUGGAAUCAUGUAGUGACCAAAAAAGUGUUAAACAAAUCAAAAUAUAUUUUAUAUUUGAGAUUCUUCAAAGUAGCCACCCUUUGCCUUGAUGACAGCUUUGCACACUCUUUGCAUUCUCUCAACCAGCUUCAUGAGGUAGUCACCUGGAAUGCAUUUAUUAACAGGUGUGCCUUUGUUAAUUUUUGGAAUUUCUUUCCUUAAUCCGUUUGAGCCAAUCAGUUGUGUUGUGACAAGGUAGGGUUGGUAUACAGAAGAUAGCCCUAUUUGGUAAAAGACCAAGUCCAUAUUAUGGCAAGAACAGUUAAGAUAAGCAAAGAAAAACAACAGUGCAUCAUUACUUUAAGACAGUCAAUCCGGAAAAUUUCAAGAACGUUGACAGUUUCUUCAAGUGCAGCACAGGAAAGGAAGAAGGCCAAGAUUGUGCGACGCUGUCAUCAAGGGUGGCUAAUGUGAAGAAUCUCAAAUAUAAAAUAUAUUUUGAUUUGUUUAACACUUUUUUGGUCACUACAUGAUUCCAUAUGUGAUAUUUCAUAGUUUUGAGGUCUUCACUAUUAUUCUACAAUGUAGAAAAUAGUAAAAAUAAAGAACAACCCUUGAAUGAGUAGGUGUGUCCAAACUUUUGACUGGUACUGUAGUUUGAAGUACAAUACCAACAUAGCUACUGUAGUAGGUCAAAGCUGUGUACUGGAAAACCUUGCUAGAGCAUGGGUGGAAUAGGCAUUGUAGUGCUGAUGUGAAUUUUCUUUUUCGGCUACAGACCAAUGCCUAUUCUCACUUAAAACAUUGUUUUUUUGUUUUUAAUUUCCAUGUUUUUUUACACCGCACAGUGAUUACGCAACAUUAUUAUACAACAUUAUAAUUAAGCAAUAAGGCCUGAGGGGGUGUGGUACAGUUGAUGGCCAAUAUACCAAAAACUCUUCUAAUUAUGUUGGUUACCAGUUUAUAAUAGCAAUAAAGCACCUCAGGAGUUUCUGGUAUAUGGCCAAUAUGACCGCAGCUGGAUACAGCCCUUAGCUGCGAUAUAGCUAAAUGGCUUAUUAUUAUUAUUAUUAUAUAUUAAAAGAGUAAAAAUAAAUGUACAGUGAGGGAAAAAGGUAUUUGAUCCCCUGCUGAUUUUGUACGUUUGCCCACUGACAUUAUCAGUCUAUAAUUUUAAUGGUAGGUUUAUUUGAACAGUGAGCGACAGAAUAACAACAAAGAAAUCCAGAAAAACGCAUGUCAAAAAUGUUAUUAAUUGAUUUGCAUUUUAAUGAAGGAAAUAAGUAUUUGACCCCUCUGCAAAACAUGACUUAGUACUUGGUGGCAAAACCCUUGUUGGCAAUCACAGAUGUCAGACGUGUCUUGUAGAUGGCCACCAGGUUUGCACACAUCUCAGGAGGGAUUUUGUACCACUCCUCUUUGCAGAUCUCCUCCAAGUCAUUAAGGUUUCGAGGCUGACGUUUGGCAACUCGAACCUUCAGCUCCCUCCACAGAUUUUUCUAUGGGAUUAAGGUCUGGAGACUGGCUAGGCCACUCCAGGACCUUAAUGUGCUUCUUCUUGAGCCACUCCUUUGUUGCCUUGGCUGUGUGUUUUGGGUCAUUGUCAUGCUGGAAUACCCAUCCACGACCCAUUUUCAAUGCCCUGGCUGAGGGAAGGAGGUUCUCACCCAAGAUUUGACGGUACAUGGCCCCGUCCAUCGUCCCUUUGAUGCAGUGAAGUUGUCCUGUCCCCUUAGCAGAAAAACACCCCCAAAGCAUGUUUCCACCAUGUUUGACGGUGGGGAUGGUGUUCUUGGGGUCAUAGGCAGCAUUCCUCCUCCUCCAAACACGGCGAGUUGAGUUGAUGCCAAAGAGCUCCAUUUUGGUCUCAUCUGACCACAACACUUUCACCCAGUUCUCUUCUGAAUCAUUCAGAUGUUCAUUGGCAAACUUCAGACGGGCCUGUAUAUGUGCUUUCUUGAGCAGGGGGACCUUGCGGGUGCUGCAGGAUUUCAGUCCUUCACGGUGUAGUGUGUUCCAAUUGUUUUCUUGAUGACUAUGGUCCCAGCUGCCUUGAGAUCAUUGACGAGAUAAUUGACAAGAUCCUCCCAUGUAGUUCAGGGCUGAUUCCUCACCGUUCUCAUGAUCAUUGCAACUCCACGAGGUGAGAUCUUGCAUGGAGACCCAGGCCGAGGGAGAUUGACAGUUAUUUUGUGUUUCUUCCAUUUACGAAUAAUCGCACCAACUGUCACCUUCUCACCAAGCUGCUUGGCGAUGGUCUUGUAGCCCAUUCCAGCCUUGUGUAGGUCUACAAUCUUGUCCCUGACAUCCUUGGAGAGCUCUUUGGUCUUGGCCAUGGUGGAGAGUUUGGAAUCUGAUUGAUUGCUUCUGUGGACAGGAGUCUUUUUUAUACAGGUAACAAGCUGAGAUUAGGAGCACUCCCUUUACGAGUGUGCUCCUAAUCUCAGCUCGUACCUGUAUAAAAGACACCUGGGAGACAGAAAUCUUUCUGAUUGAGAGGGGGUCAAAUACUUAUUUCCCUCAUUAAAAUGCAAAUCAAUUUAUAACAUUUUUGACAUGCGUUUUUCUGGAUUUUUUUGUUGUUAUUCUGUCUCUCACUGUUCAAAUAAACCUACCAUUAAAAUUAUAGACUGAUCAUUUCUUUGUCAUUGCUCAAAGUGUAAACAAAUGGUUAACGACACGCAAGUAGUUUUAGAAUGGUCCAUGAUGACAUGGUUUGAAUGUAAAAUGCAGUCCCUGCGAUUCGCUAUAGGAAGAUAAAAAUGUUGUGCUGGUAAUAUGGGUCAGAUCUUUCGACUUGGUUGGGCUAGAAGCUAACAGUUUUUGCUGUAGUAAUGGUGCAACCAUGACGCUAUCUACUCUGCACUCACUUUUUCUCUAGGGCACUCUGAAACAACGGUACUGCAAAGCCUUAUUACAGCAGUUAUCGGGGAUAUGUUUUUUCCUAGUCGCACAGUGCCCCCAAAAUAAAACUCCUGGUCGCACAGCAAAAUAUUUAGCCGCAUAUGCCAUACAACACUCCAUCAGUAGCCUCCAACUGCUCUUAAACACUAGUAAAACUAAAUGCAUGCUCUUCAAUCGAACGCUGCUGGCACCCACCCACCCGACUAGAAUCACUACUCUCGACGAGUCUGACCUAGAGUAUGUGGACAACUACAAAUACCUAGGUGUCUGGUUAGACUGUAAACUCUCCUUCCAGACUCACAUUAAGAAUCUCCAAUCCAAAGUUACAUCUAGAAUUCCUAUUUCGCAACAAAGCCUCCUUCACUCAUGCUGCCAAACAUGCCCUCGUUAAACUGACUAUCCUACCGAUCCUUGACUUCGGCGAUGUCAUUUACAAAAUAGCCUCCAACACUCUACUCAGCAAAUUGGAUGUAGUCUAUCACAGUGCCAUCCGUUUUGUCACCAAAGCCCCAUAUACUACCCACCACUGUGACCUGUACGCUCUUGUUGGCUGGUCCUCACUACAUAUUCGUCGUCAAACCCACUGGCUCCAGGCCAUCUAUAAAUCACUGCUAGGCAAAUCCCCGCCUUAUCUUAGCUCAUUGGUCACCAUAGCAACACCCACCCGUAGUAUGCGCUCCAGCAGGUAUAUCUCACUGUUCAUCCCCAAAGCCAACACCUCCUUUGGCCACCGUUCCUUCCAGUUCUCUGCUGCCAAUGACUGGAACGAACUGCAAAAAUCUCUGAAGCUGGAGACUCUUAUCUCCCUCACUAACUUUAAGCAUCAGUUGUCAGAGCACCUUACCGAUCACUGCACCUGUACACAGCCCAUCUGAAAUUAGCCCACCCAACUACCUCAUCCCCAUAUUGUUAUUUAUUUUGCUCAUUUGUACCCCAGUAUCUCUAUUUGCACAUCACCCCUUCACAUCUAUCAUUCCAGUGUUAAUACUAAUUGUAAUUAUUUUGCACUAUAGCCUAUUUAUUACCUUACCUCCAUAACUUGCUACAUUUGCACACACUGUAUAUAUAUUUUCUGUUGUAUUUUUUACUUUGUUUUGUUUUACCCCAUAUGUAACUCUGUGUUGUUGUUUUUAUCGCACUGCUUUGCUUUAUCUUGGCCAGGUCGCAGUUGUAAAUGAGAACUUGUUCUCAACUGGCUUACCUGGUUAAAUAAAAAAUAUGCGAUUAAAUUGCUUGCACUUUAGAGCCCUGACUGAAUUACUGAUAUGCACAUGUUGUGAACUAGAGCUGGGACGAUAAACCGAAAGUAUCAACACUGACCAUUUAUCGAAUACAUUUUACUGAUGUCAAUAAUAACGAUAAGUAGCCUUUACUGCUAAUGUGGGCUAUUGCUAACGGGACAAUUUAUUAUGUUCAAAUUAGUAAGAGUAGUUUAAAGGGUCAAAUAAAUAACUGGUGCUUAUUCAAUUUAUAAAUGUGUCGUCUUCAUAAUUCAGUAAAUUUAUCAUGAAAUGGAUUUUUGACCAUUUCUCCUUGCUCUUUUGAACCAUCUUCACUGGGCAUCAGUUUGUAUCUGCUCCAGAGAAUGUUUCACCUGUAUGCUCAGUUGUGGCCCUAGUACAGUAGUUGUACAUGUCUCAUCCUCUCUCCCCCUGUUCUCUCUGUGGUCUCACAGGCAGCUCACCUCCAGGGAGUGGUGCUCAGCUCAGUCCAGACCCCUGCUCCUCCACCACCACCACCUCCAGCCUGAUGCCUCCUCCCUCCUUCAGUUCUCUCCUCCCAUCAACAGGGGGAGAAGUGGAGGAGGACGAGGGCAUGAAGCACCUGCAACAGGUACAUUACCAUGUCAAUUAGACAUGCAUUAAUUUUUACUUAGAAAUACUGGAUUUAUUGUCACGAUUUAAGAUUACACUUGAUAUACUGGCUGAAUGUGUGUUAGUGUUAUGUAAAUGUUCAUAUUUUUAAUCUUCCUCUCCCACCCUUGUAGGAGGCUGAAAAGAUGGUGGCAUCUCUGCAGGACACAUCCCUUGAGGAGGAGAGUUUCACUCAAGCACUGCAGGAGAGCCACAACAUCUCCUCCCACUCUCACACACACCCAGCCCCACGCUCACACACACGCACCGCUGGACACACACACUCCCACUCGGUCCAUAGGGACUGUGCCCUGCCACUCUCCCACGAGGCAGCCAUGAAGUGGUUCUACAAGGACCCCCAGGCAGAAAUCCAAGGUAGACCCACACACAUUCACAAUCAUUUUUUAGCAGUUGCAGUGCAUUCGGAAAGUAUUCAGACCCCUUUACUUUUUCUACAUUUUGUUACAUUACAGCCUUAAUCUAAAAUUGAUUGAAUUGUUUUUUCCUCAUCAAUCUACAUGGAAUACCCCAUAAUGACUAAGCAAAAACAGGUUUUUAGACAUUUUUGCAAAAUUAAUAAAAAUAAAAAGCAUAAAUAUGACAUUUAAAUAAGUAUUCAGACCCUUUACGCAGUAUUUUGUUGAACCACCUUUGGCAGUGAUUACAGCCUCGAGUCUUCUUGGGUAUGACUCUACCAGCUUGGCGCACCUGUAUUUGGGGAGUUUCUCCCAUUCUCUGCAGAUCCUUUCAAUCUCUAUCAUGUUGGAUGGGGAGCAAUGCUGCACAGCUAUUUUCAGGCUCUCCAGAGACGUUCGAUCGGGUUCAAGUCCGAGCUCUGGCUGGGCCACUCAAUGACAUUCAGAGACUUGUCCCGAAGCCACUCCUGUGUUGUCUUGACUGUGUGCUUAGGGUCGUUGUCCUGUUGGAAGGUGAACCUUCGCCCCAGUCAGAGGUCCUGAGUGCUCUGAAGCAGGUUUCAUCAAGGAUCUCUUUGCUCCGUUAUUCUUUCCCUCGAUCCUGACUAGUCUCCCAGUCCCUGCCGCUGAAAAACAUCCCCACAGCAUGAUGCUGUCACCACCAUGCUUCACCGUAGGGAUGGUGCAAGGUUUCCUCCAGGCGUGAGGCUUGGCACUCUGGCCAAAUAGUUAAAUCUUGGUUUCAUCAGACCAGAGAAUCUUGUUUGUCAUGGUCUGUGUCCUUUAGGUACCUUUUGGAAAACUCCAAGUGGGCUGUCAUGUACCUUUUACUGAGGAGUGGCUUGCGUCUGGCUACUCUACCAUAAAGGCCUGAUUGGUGGAGUGCUGCAGAGAUGGUUUUCCUUCUGGAAGGUUCUCCCCUCUCCACAGAGGAACUCUGGAGCUCUGUCAUAGUGACCGUCAGGUGCUUGGUCACCUCCCUGACAAAGGCCCUUUUCCCCCGAUUGCUCAGUUUGGCCGGGCGGCCAGCUCCAGGAAGAGUUUUGGUGGUUCCAAACUUCUUCCAUUCAAGAAUGAUGGAGGCAUCUGUGUUCUUGGGGACCUUCAAUGCUGCAGAAUUUUUUGGCCACCCUUCCCCAGAUCUGAUAAUGUCUCGGAGCUCUAUGGACAAUUCCUUCAACCUCAUGGCUUGGUUUUUGCUCUGACAUGCACUGUCAACUGUGGGACCUUUAUAUAGACAGGUGUGUGCCUUUCCAAAUCAUGUCCAAUUAAUUUAAUUUACCACAGGUGGACUCCAAUGAAGUUGUAGAAACUUCUCAAGGAUGAUCAAUGAAACAGGAUGCACCUGAGCUAAAUUUCGAGUCGCAUAGCAAAGGGUCUGAAUACUUAUGUAAAUAAGAUAUUUCUCUUUUAUUUAGAAUAAAUUAGCAAAACUUUCUAAAAACCACUUUUCGCUUUGUCGUCAUGGGGUAUUGUGUGUGGAUUGAUGAGAGAAAAAAAUAAUUUAAUCCAUUUUAGAAUAAGGUUAACGUAACAGUGUGUAAAAAGGAAGGGGUCUGAAUACUUUCCGACUGCUCUGUGCCUUCAAAGUAUUCAUACCCUUGACAACAUUUUGUUACAGCCUGUAUUCAAAAUUGAUUAAAUUGUUUUUUUCCCACCCAUUUACACACGAUACCCAAUAAUGACAAAGUGAAAACUUGUUUUUAGACAUUUCUGCAAAUUUGUUAAAUUAAAAUUCACACCCCUUUGCUAUGACACUCCAAAUUAAGCUCUGCGGGCAUCCACUUUUUUAAAAUCAUCCUUGAAAAGUCACUACAACUUGAUUGGAGUCCACCUGUGACCAAUUCAAUUGCUUGGACAUUAUUUAGAAAGAAACCCACCUGUCUAUACAGUGGGGAGAACAAGUAUUUGAUACACUGCCGAUUUUGCAGGUUUUCCUACUUACAAAGCAUGUAGAGGUCUGUAAUUUUUAUCAUAGGUACACUUCAACUGUGAGAGACGGAAUCUAAAACAAAAAUCCAGAAAAUCACAUUGUAUGAUUUUUAAGUAAUGAAUUUGCAUUUUAUUGCAUGACAUAAGUAUUUGAUACAUCAGAAAAGCAGAACUUAAUAUUUGGUACAGAAACCAUUGUUUGCAAUUACAGAGAUCAUACGUUUCCUGUAGGUCUUGACCAGGUUUGCACACACUGCAGCAGGGAUUUUGGCCCACUCCUCCAUACAGACCUUCUCCAGAUCCUUCAGGUUUCGGGGCUGUCGCUGGACAAUACGGACUUUCAGCUCCCUCCAAAGAUUUUCUAUUGGGUUCAGGUCUGGAGACUGGCUAGGCCACUCCAGGACCUUGAGAUGCUUCUUACGGUGCCACUCCUUAGUUGCCCUGGCUGUGUGUUUCGGGUCGUUGUCAUGCUGGAAGACCCAGCCACGACCCAUCUUCAAUGCUCUUACUGAGGGAAGGAGGUUGUUGGCCAAGAUCUCGCGAUACAUGGCCCCAUCCAUUCUCCCCUCAAUACGGUGCCGUCGUCCUGUCCCCUUUGCAGAAAAGCAUCCCCAAAGAAUGAUGUUUCCACCUCCAUUCUUCACGGUUGGGAUGGUGUUCUUGGGGUUGUACUCAUCCUUCUUCUUCCUCCAAACACGGCGAGUGGAGUUUAGACCAGAAAGCUCUAUUUUUGUCUCAUCAGACCACAUGACGUUCUCCCAUUCCUCCUCUGGAUCAUCCAGAUGGUCAUUGGCAAACUUCAGACGGGCCUGGACAUGCGCUGGCUUGAGCAGGGGGACCUUGCGUGUGCUGCAGGAUUUUAAUCCAUGACGGCAUAGUGUGUUACUAAUGGUUUUCUUUGAGACUGUGGUCCCAGCUCUCUUCAGGUCAUUGACCAGGUCCUGCCGUGUAGUUCUGGGCUGAUCCCUCACCUUCCUCAUGAUCAUUGAUGCCCCACGAGGUGAGAUCUUGCAUGGAGCCCCAGACCGAGGGUGAUUGACCGUCAUCUUGAACUUCUUCCAUUUUCUAAUAAUUGCGCCAACAGUUGUUGCCUUCUCACCAAGCUGCUUGCCUAUUGUCCUGUAGCCCAUCCCAGCCUUGUGCAGGUCUACAAUUUUAUCCCUGAUGUCCUUACACAGCUCUCUGGUCUUGGCCAUUGUGGAGAGGUUGGAGUCUGUUUGAUUGAGUGUGUGGACAGAUGUCUUUUAUACAGGUAACGAGUUCAAACAGGUGCAGUUAAUACAGGUAAUGAGUGAAGAACAGGAGGGCUUCUUAAAGAAAAACGAACAGGUCUGUGAGAGCCGGAAUUCUUACUGGUUGGUAGGUGAUCAAAUACUUAUGUCAUGCAAUAAAAUGCAAAUUAAUUACUUACAAAUCAUACAAUGUGAUUUUCUGGAUUUUUGUUUUAGAUUCCGUCUCUCACAGUUGAAGUGUACCUAUGAUAAAAAUUACAGACCUCUACAUGCUUUGUAAGUAGGAAAACCUGCAAAAUCGGCAGUGUAUCAAAUACUUGUUCUCCCCACUGUAUAAGGUCCCACAGUUGACAGUGCAUGUCAGAGCAGAAACUAUACCGUGAAGUCCAAGGAACUGUCCGUAGAUCUCCGAGAUAGAAUUGUGAUGAGGCAUAUCUGGGGAAGAGUAUAAAAUGAUUUCUAGAGUGUUGAAAGUUUCCAUGAGCACAUUGGUCUCCAUCAUUGGGAAAUGGAAAAAUAUGGAACCAACCAGACUCUGCCUAGAGCUGGCUGUCUGACCAAACUGAGCAACCGGGAAAGAAUGACCUUGGUCAGGGAGGUGACCAAGAACCCAAUGACCACUCUGACAGAACUACAGAGUUAUUUGGCUGAGAUUGGCGAACCUGCCAGAAGGACCACAGUCUCUACAGCACUUUGCUAAUCUGAGCUUUAUGAGAGAGGGGCUAGACUGAAGCCACUCCUGAGAAAACUGCACAUGAUAGCACACCUGAAAUUUGCAAGAAGGCACAUGAAAGACAGAGCAUUAGGCAAAAUAUUCUGUGGUCUGAUGAGACAAAUUUAAUUAUUUGGCCUAAAUUCAAAGCACUGUGUUUUGAGAACCAGGCACAGCUCAUUACCCAUCUAACACCAUCCCUACCGUGAAGCAUGGUGGUGGUGGCGGCAUAAUCAUGCUAUGGGGGAGAAGAUUUACAUUCCAACAGGAUAAUGACCCCAAGCAUACAGCCAAAGCAAUGCUGGAAUGGUUCAGAACAAGAAUGUGAAAGUCCUUGAGUGGUCCAGCCAAAGCCCAGACUUGAAUCCCAUUGAAAAUCUGUGGAAAGACUUGAAGAUUGCUGUUCACCGCCGCUCCCCAUCUAAUUUAACAGAGCUUGAAAAAAUCUGCAAGGAGGAAUGGGUGAGAAUCCAGAUGUGCAAAGCUGAUAGACAUACCAAAGACGACUCAGCUGUAAUAGCCACCCAAGGUCCUUCUACAAAGUAUUAACUUGUGGGUGUGAAUACUUACGUAAAUUACAUAUACAUUUGCAAUAAAUUUGCAAAAAUGUCUAAACAUGUUGUAGCUGGAUGAGAGAAAAAAAAUCAAUUUAAUCAAUUUUGAUUUCAGGCUUUAACACAACAAUGUGGAAUAAGUCAAGGGGUCUGAUUUAAUUUCUGAAGGCACUGUACAUAUUUCAAUAUUUGUUGCAUAUAAUACUUUACAGGUACUUUAUCACAUUGUCAUAUUGUUUUGUCAUGACCAAUGUCUUACUCCUCUCCUCCCCCCGGUCCAGGUCCCUUCUCCACGGUAGAGAUGUGCGAAUGGUUCCAGGCAGGAUACUUCUCAAUGACCCUGCUGGUAAAGAGGGGUUGUGAUGAGGGCUUCCAGCCCCUGGGUGACGUCAUCAAGAUGUGGGGGCGUGUGCCAUUCUCCCCUGGCCCGUCCCCCCCGCCCCUGCUGGUGAGACAGCCCCCACCACCUCGGGGGUCCUCUGUGAGUCAGCGAGCACACAUCUGUCUGGGUGUUUCUGUUUACUGGUGGAGUCUUAGUAUGUGGUUGUUUAGUGGUGUCUGUGGUUAGUUUGUCAGUUAAUCCAGGUACAGCAAAGGCACAUAGAUAAUUGACUGUGGUGAACAUAUUUUCUGUGAAUAAGUAGAGUACCACAGUGGCAUAGGCAAAAUCAUGUGUUUUACUGAAUAUAAUGUAUAUUGUCUCUUGUAGCUGUAUUGUGUAUCUAUCCAGAGCAGAUAAUCUGUAGUGUGCUUGGGUGUUGUCUGAAGCAGUCGUAUAGUCAGUAUGGUAACCCUGUAGGUGUUGUUCCCCAGAGCAAUAUGGAUCAGGAGCUGCUGAAGAAACAGUUAGAGCAGGCAGCCACUGCAGCUCUAUACCAGCAACUGCAGAUAAGGUUCCAGCACAUGAACAGGUAGGCGCGCACACACACACCACAACACACACACUGGAUGUAUAUGAGGGUAUUUGUGAGUGUACUAAUGCGUUUCUGUUUUCAGGAGUGGGGAUUCUAGCAUGAUACCCUCGAUGAACAGGUCAAUGUCAGUACCAGAUAAUGGGUCUAUGUGGGACAUGCGUACCUCAGCCUCCCAGCAGUCAGGUACUGAAAAGGAACCCACUGAGUCUUUCUCUGCUUCACAUACACCUUUAUAUAAGCACACUUUAUACAGGUGCGGUCAAAGAUAUUGGGACACGUUCUUCUAAAAUUAUUUGGAAUUUAAAACUUUUGCUGUUCGCACGUAUUUGUUUGAUUUACAACUGCACGGAACCACACAAAAAAUCACUACUGAAAUUAUGAUUUUACGCUUCAAAGUCAAAGUUGUUAAAUUGUUAAUUAAUUAAUUUGGUUAGAGGCGAAGUAAUUCUCAGCAAAUAUUAUUUAUCCUACUUGUGGUAAGUUGCCGGUGCCUACAGGGUAAAAAUAGCCAUUCAACCAGUUUUGAAAGAGAAAGUUCUGCUCCAUUGCAAUCCAUUGUAAAGUGCAAGGGUGCCAAUAUACACUGCUCAAAAAAAUAAAGGGAACACUAAAAUAACACACCCUAGAUCUGAAUGAAUGAAAUAAUCUUAUUAAAUACUUUUUUCUUUACAUAGUUGAAUGUGCUGACAACAAAAUCAUACAAAAAUUAUCAAUGGAUAUCAACCCAUUGAGGUCUGGAUUUGGAGUCACCUUCAAAAUUAAAGUGGAAAACCACACUACAGGCUGAUCCAACUUUGAUGUAAUGUCCUUAAAACAAGUCAAAAUGAGGCUCAGUAGUGUGUGUGGCCUCCACGUGCCUGUAUGGCCUCCCUACACUGCCUGGGCAUGCUCCUGAUGAGGUGGCGGAUGGUCUCCUGAGGGAUCUCCUCCCAGACCUGGACUAAAGCAUCCGCCAACUCCUGGACAGUCUGUGGUGCAACGUGGCGUUGGUGGAUGGAGCAAGACAUGAUGUCCCAGAUGUGCUCAAUUGGAUUCAGGUCUGGGGAACGGGCGGGCCAGUCCAUAGCAUCAAUGCCUUCCUCUUGCAGGAACUGCUGACACACUCCAGCCACAUGAGGUCUAGCAUUGUCUUGCAUUAGGAGGAACCCAGGGCCAACCGCACCAGCAUAUGGUCUCACAAGGGGUCUGAGGAUCUGUGGUCCUCUGUAGCUCAGCUGGUAGACCACGGCGCUUGUAACGUCAAGGUAGUGGGUUCGAUCCCCGGGACCACCCAUAUACAAAAAUGUAUGCACGCAUGACUGUAAGUCGCUUUGGAUAAAAGCGUCUGCUAAAUGGCUUAUUAUUAUUAUUAUUAUUAUUAUUAUUAUCUCAUCUCGGUACCUAAUGGCAGUCAGGCUACCUCUGGCGAGCACAUGGAGGGCUGUGCGGCCCCCCAAAGAAAUGCCAACCCACACCAUGACUGACCAACCGCCAAACCGGUCAUGCUGGAGGAUGUUGCAGGCAGCAGAACGUUCUCCACAGCGUCUCCAGACUCUGUCACGUGUGCUCAGUGUGAACCUGCUUUCAUCUGUGAAGAGCACAGGGCGCCAGUGGCGAAUUUGCCAAUCUUGGUGUUCUCUGGCAAAUGCCAAACGUCCUGCACGGUGUUGGGCUGUAAGCACAACCCCCACCUGUGGACGUCGGGCCCUCAUACCACCCUCAUGGAGUCUGUUUCUGACCGUUUGAGCAGACACAUGCACAUUUGUGGCCUGCUGGAGGUCAUUUUGCAGGGCUCUGGCAGUGCUCCUCCUUGCACAAAGGCGGAGGUAGCAGUCCUGCUGCUGGGUUGUUGCCCUCCUACGGCCUCCUCCACGUCUCCUGAUGUACUGGCCUGUCUCCUGGUAGCGCCUCCAUGCUCUGGACACUACGCUGACAGACACAGCAAACCUUCUUGCCACAGCUCGCAUUGAUGUGCCAUCCUGGAUGAGCUGCACUACCUGAGCCACUUGUGUGGGUUGUAGACUCUGUCUCAUGCUACCACUAGAGUGAAAGCACCGCCAGCAUUCAAAAGUGACCAAAACAUCAGCCAGGAAGCAUAGGAACUGAGAAGUGGUCUGUGGUCACCACCUGCAAAACCAGUCCUUUAUUGGGGGUGUCUUGCUAAUUGCCUAUAAUUUCCACCUGUUGUCUAUUCCAUUUGCACAACAGCAUGUGAAAUGUAUUGUCAAUCAGUGUUGCUUCCUAAGUGUUCCCUUUAUUUUUUGGAGCAUUGUAUUUGACCGUAUUUGUAUAAGCACACACUCUUGCAUAUCCUCCAACACUGAUACACCUCAGCUAUACAUCUUUUCAUUCACCCGGAUGUCCUUGUACACGUUGCCAUUGUAUGUCAGUAACGUGUUUGUGGCCUAUUCCAGGCGGUGAGGCCAACCUAUGGGACUUAACCAUGAGUCAUUCCACUCAGGGGCCAUCUCUGGAGCAGCUACAGAAGGUACUUGGUUUAGUUUUCUCUCCGUCUCCCCUCCUCUCUCUCUCUCUGACAAUCUCUCUCUCACUCUGUUCGUCUCUUGUACCUCAGCUCCAGGAACGGCGUGAGGUUGAGCUCAGGGCCAAGCGAGAGGAGGAGGAGAGGAAGCGGCGGGAGGAGAAGAGGAGGCAGCAAGAGGAGCAGAAGAGGCGUGAGGAGGAGGAGCUGUACAGGCGUAAGCAGCAGUGUCGGCAGCAGCAGGAGCUGAUCAUGAAGCUGCUGCAGCAGGCCCAGCCCGGGGGCCCAGGGUGUGUCUCUGGAUCGGGGUCUGGGUGGAGCGGCCCCCAGGCAUCAGUCCUCUCCAAGCAAGGCAAGAGCCUCAGCAUGCUGGAACUGGAGACCGAGAGGCUGCUCAAACAGCAGGCACAGCACCAGAAGGCCCAGCAGCAGAGAGACCGGGUGAGGAGACACACACACCCCAAAACCUUCACACGGGCUGUCCCGUCUAUUCUGUUUUAAACAGGAAGGUUUUGAAAGGUAUAGUAGUUACCUGAGAAGAGAUCUGUGUUCUGAGGAUAUUUAUUACAAUGCCCAUAAGUGUAACCAGCAGGGCCUAAAAUUAACACCUGCCAAAUGUGGGUAGAUUUUGGCAUUGGCAUGUAAGGUCUAUUUCACCAGCCAUGUUGGCAGGUGGUCAGGGCUCCACAAUGCAAAUAUUUCCCUCACAUUUGGGAAUAAAAAUUCAAGUAGAAGUUAGGUAUGAGGACAUUUAUAGAAAAAUAAAUGCUGCAUUAGCUGUUUUCAAUGUGUUUGUCAUUUUGUUUCAUAGCUGGUAGCUAAUCACAGCUGCUUAAACACUGCUUAAAGAUUCAUUUUUAGAAACUCUGCACAAAGGCAUACGUUGGUCUAAUUCAAUGGUUCCCAACCUUUUUUGGUUACUGUACCACCAACUGAAUUUUGCUCUGCCCGGAAUACCCCUGAAGUACAUUUGUGCAUUUUACCAGUAACCCUAUAGACUCAUGAGUCUUUUCAAGUACCCAAUGUGGAUAGGCCAAGUACCCCCAGGGGUCCUAGUACCCCUGGUUGGGAACCACUGGUCUAAUUGACUGAAGUCUACUAAAGUGAGCUUGGUGGGUUGGUGUAAUUAUGGCAAAAAAUAUUUUGGCUGGUGGACCAAAAAGUUAGUUUCAGGCACUGGUAACCAGUAGUGUAACACAUGUCCCUAUGUUCUCUCGCCGUCUUCCCCCAGCAUGGAGGCCUGUCUAUGGGUCAAUGGGGUGAGGGGUCUGUGGGCAUGUGGUCUGGUGGGGGCAUGGAGCCCAAAGGCAGCUCUGGAGGGAUGGGUGUCUGGGAGGAGGCUGUGAAGAACCAGAACAGCCUCCGCAACAUGGGCAUGAAGAACAGCCGCAGCAGCCCCUCUCUUAGGUACACCUCACUGUGUUUGUGUGUGUGUUUGCCUCUGUUUAACGGCAUGUGUUAACGUUUUGUGUGUAUGUAAACUGUUUCAAGGCCUGUGUGUGUGAGUUUUUUUCUGUGUCCCCCUGCAGCGAGCAGUACAUGUUGAGGAAGAAGCGUACAGAGGAGGAGGACAAACUGCUGAAGCUGCUGCAGGGCAUGAAGCCCCAGGACGGCUUCACCACCUGGUGUGAACAGAUGCUGCACGCGCUCAACACCUCCGCUAACAACUCCCCCUCCUCCUCCCUGGAUGGUAACUAAUGCACCUCCUCCUUCACUAUAUCACUGUGACCGGCCCUAUGAAUAUACUGAAAUAUGUCAUCACUCACCUUCACACCAGGGUUUCCGUUAGACGGUAAUAGCCAGCUUUUGACCCCCCCCCCCACACACAUUUUAUCUUACGGCCUUAUUCUAAAAUGGUAAAAAUAAAUAAAAAAUCCUCAUCAAUCUACACACACCACCCCAUAAUGACAAAGCAAAAACAGGUUUUUUGAAAUGUUUGCAAGUGUAUUAAAAACAGAAAUACCUUAUUUACCUACGUAUUCAGACCCUUUGCUAUGAGACUAGAAAUUGAGCUCCAGUGCAUCCUGUUUCCAUUGAUCAUCCUUGAGAAGUUUCUACAACUUGAUUUGAGUCCACCUGUGGUAAAUUCUAUUGAUUGGACAUGAUUUGGAAAGGCACACACCUGUCUACAUAAGGUCCCACAGUUGACAGUGCAUGUCAGAGCAAAAACCAAGCCAUGAGGUCGAAAGAAUUGUCCGUAGAGCUCCGAGACAGGAUUGUGUCGAGGAACAGAUCUGGGGAAGGGUAGCAAAACAUUUCUGCAGCAUUGAAGGUCCCCAAGAACACAGUGGCCUUCAUCAUACUUAAAUGGAAGAAGUUUAGAACCACCAAGACAAUUCCUAGAGCUGGCCGCCCGGCCAAACUGAGCAGUCGGGAGAGAAGGGCCUUGGUCAGGGAGGUGACCAAGAACCCGAUGGUCACUCUGACAGAGCUCCAGAGUUCCUCUGUGGAGAUGGGAGAACCUUCCAGAAGGACAACCAUCUCUGCAGCACUCCACCAAUCAGGCCUUUAUGGUAGAGUGGCCAGACGGAAGCCACUCCUCAGUAAAAGGUACAUGACAGCCUGCUUGGAGUUUGACAAAAGGCCCCUAAAGGAAUCUCAGACCAUGAGAAUCAAGAUUCUCUGGUCUGUUGAAACCAAUAUUGAACUCUUUGGCCUGAAUGCUAAGCAUCACGUCUGGAGGAAGCCUUGCACCAUCCCUACGGUGAAGCAUGGUGGUGGCAGCAUCAUGCUGUGGGGAUGUUUUUCAGCGGCUGGGACUGGGAGUCUAGUCAGGAUCGAGGGAAAGAUUAACGGAGGAAGAACAGAGAUCCCUGAUGAAAACCUGCUCCAGAGCACUCAGGACCGCCGACUGGGGCAAAGGUUCACCUUCCAACAGGACAACGACCCUAAGCACACAGCCAAGACAAUGCAGGAGUGGCUUCGGGACAAGUCUCUGAAUGUCCUCGAGUGGCCCAGCCAGAGUCCGGACUUGAACCCGAUCAAACUUCUCUGGGAGACCUGAAAAUAGCUGUGAAGCAACGCUCCCCAUCCAACCUGACAGAGCUUGAGAGGAUCUGCAGAGAAGAAUGGGAGAAACUCCCCCAAAUACAGGUGUGCCAUGCUUGUAGCGUCAUACCCAAGAAGACUCGAGGCUGUAAUCGCUGCCAAAGGUGCUUCAACAAAGUACUGAGUAAAGGGUCUGAAUACUUAUUUAAAUAUAUUAUUUCAGUUUUAUUUUAAAUACAUUUUUAAACAUUUCUAAACCAGUUUUUGCUUUGUCAUGGGGUAAAACAUUUUUUUUAAAGAAACGUAUGCAUUCACUAACUGUAAGUCGCUCUGGAUAAGAGCGUCUGCUAAAUGACUAAAAUGUAAAAAAUGGAGGCCUAGACUGAAAGUCAAUUUAUGCUUGAUCUGAAUAUGUGGUCGGAGCCUCCAUAUGGAGGGUGUUACGCAAUUGCGGAGCAUCCAGAGCCAUGCAGAGGCCAAAUCGAGGUCUGUACUGCGUCGCAAAUUUUGUAACAAUGCCUGGGGCUCUGUAUUACUCUGCAUUUACAUGAUUGGUUGACGGUAGGUGGGGGCGGUAUGUCCUGUAGAAAGAAAACACAAACUCACUUGACAACAGCUCUGCACUGCUCCACAAAGCGCAAGAAGUAUCUUGUUUCGCUCUCGGAGUGUUCAGAGCGCAAACUUGACGCACUGGCCGAUGAAUAGGGUUGAUCCGAGCGUUCUGACAUCACAACUGCAGUCAAGCACCCAAGCAAACAUUGGCUAGCUACUUCCAGACACAAAAUUGGGAUUAUGGUUCAUUGUUUACCUCUGGAUAACAUUAAAACAGCCUAACCAGCACCCCACUGACCAUUUUACUCGCCCUAGCAGAGCUGGUUAGGCUGUUUUCAUGUUAUCCAGAGCGUUGGUGACUGUAACUGCUGCUGGCAACAAUUUUAAUUACGCUUUUUUGCCGACGUUUACUGACACCGGCCAUAUUCAACGGUUGCUGUGCGUUAGUUAUUCUGUGCUCUGGCAUACUCAGACUGAAUUUACGAAUGCACCCGCAAUGGUUACUUGCAUGGUGGAGUCUUUUUGUUAAGACCUGUAGCAAGCUAGCUUGGUAAACAAUGAACCUAGCUAGGUAAACAGCGUGUCAAAUCAUACACGUAACGUUAGCUAGCUAUGUUAAACAAUGAACCAUAAUCCCAACUCAUGACUUUACUACCCUGCAUGAAUCUGCAGGUAGCUAUCCAACCAGGUUCAAUGUUAUUAAGCAAAUGGCUCUGAGAUACGAAUAAUAAGAGCAUACCCAUAACGUUAGCAAGCGAGCCAGCCAGCUAACGUUAGCUAGCUAACAGUACACUUGAAAUGAAACCACUUUCUGUCACAAUGUGUAAUAUCUGAAAAUGUAGCUAGCUAGACUAUCUUACCCGUAUACAUCAUGCAUGAUGGACGCGUCUCACUGUCAUGGAUGCCAUGGUUGCCCAUAGUUUGAUGUAAUCCGGAGACAGGUGUUUUCUCCAUCUCGUUAGCUAUAAUUCCACUGAUUUCAAAACUUGAUCCUCCAGAAAGUGGAGAGCAACACUUAUGCAGCUCCAAUACAUUAUACUUUUUAUUUUUAAGCCGCGUUAGACCGGAUUACCUACACAUACUGACCAGCACAAAUAGACAGUAGCGUGCUAUAUGGCAGACCAAUCAAAACUCCCCUCUCGGUAUGUCCAGCCCACUCAUUAUCUCAGCCAAUCAUGGCUAGUGGGAAGGUUGCUGUCUUUUUCUGUGGCUUAACCAACUAGACUCGUAAUUUCACAAUUUGAAUCGUAUUUACAGAUGGUAUACAAGUUUAAGGCACAUGAAAGUUCACAUGUUCCAGAAGGCAUUUCUGCAAAAAAAUAAGCGUUUUUUUUUUUACGUUUCUGUUCAAAUGGCUCUCCUGUGAUGUAGUGACCCGCGACAUAUGCCUAGUUUCCUGAAACGAGUCACAAAUGAGCCCAUUUGGGGAUCUGCUAGCAUUUCUGAUUGUCUUAACGCACCACCACUAAAUGACUUGUGGAGCUUCUCAAAGUAAUGUUUUCUUCACCUCAAACAGCAAGCAAGCAGUCUGUUUUUACAGCCAUUGAUAAUUACAAUGGUUCCUCAAUGUAUUUGAAAAAUCUUUCCCUUUAACCACUCGGCGUGAAAGGAAAAAAUGUCAUGCUCUGAUCAAGUGGAAACGUCAUAAAAUCCUACCUGAUUACUUCUUAUCAGUGCUUGACUUGGACUGAAAUAGGUUCCGGUACUUAUUUUGGGUGCUGGUACUGUUUAUAUUUAGGUGCAGGAGCUCCACAAUACUUUUCAGCUAAUAUUCUAUAAGAGGAACAGGAGCUCAAGCAGUAGAACAUUUGAGGUGCCGGUACUCAGCUCCGGUGAGCUCCUGCCCAAGUCCGGCACUGCUUCUUAUCCCAUGCACAAAUAGCCUACAGCUGUGUCUGUCCCGAGCUCACUGGCACGGGGGAAACUCUGAGCGCCCAGAAUAUUUUACACAAUGUUGCAAGUUCGCUAGCCUAAGCUUCGGGCUGGAACCAAGUUAAUAAUUUAUACUUUUCAAGUUUGUUGCAGACUGGCCAUGUGUGAUAUAUAGGAUAUUUGUUUUAUAUCAGGAUUUUCUUUCUACCUGCAGGCUGCAAUGUUUUUAUUUGUUGGCUUUAUGUAGGCUUUUUUACAUAGUUGGCAAUAGAAGUUACUUUUUAGGUUUGUAUAAUUUUCAUUUAGAUUUGGAUAGAAUUAUGAUUAACCAUAUCACAAUGAUUUUGAGGUAUUACGACGUUAUUAUAAAUUCAAUAAAACUGUUUCACGAAAAUGUGCGUAUGUAAACCAUAAUUGGCAUGCAUGCAGAUCGGUAGAAAUUGAAAGAUAAAUUGGCAUUCCACAUGAGAAAGGUUGCAGACUUUUUUUUUCUUAUGGUUACAGUGGGGAGAACAAGUAUUUGAUACACUGCCGAUUUUGCAGGUUUUCCUACUUACAAAGCAUGUAGAGGUCUGUCAUUUUUAUCAUAGGUACACUUCAACUGUGAGAGACGGAAUCUAAAACAAUAAUCCAGAAAAUCACAUUGUAUGAUUUUUAAGUAAUUAAUUUGCAUUUUAUUGCAUGACAUAAGUAUUUGAUACAUCAGAAAAGCAGAACUUAAUAUUUGGUACAGAAACCUUUGUUUGCAAUUACAGAGAUCAUAUGUUUCCUGUAGGUCUUGGCCAGGUUUGCACACACUGCAGCAGGGAUUUUGGCCCACUCCUCCAUACAGACCUUCUCCAGAUCCUUCAGGUUUCGGGGCUGUCGCUGGGCAAUACGGACUUUCAGCUCCCUCCAAAGAUUUUCUAUUGGGUUCAGGUCUGGAGACUGGCUAGGCCACUCCAGGACCUUGAGAUGCUUCUUACGGAGCCACUCCUUAGUUGCCCUGGCUGUGUGUUUCGGGUCGUUGUCAUGCUGGAAGACCCAGCCACGAUCCAUCUUCAGUGCUCUUACUGAGGGAAGGAGGUUGUUGGCCAAGAUCUCGCGAUACAUGGCCCCAUCCAUCCUCCCCUCAAUAUGGUGCAGUCGUCCCGUCCUUUGCAGAAAAGCAUCCCCAAAGAAUGAUGUUUCCACCUCCAUGCUUCACGGUUGGGAUGGUGUUCUUGGCAUUGUACUCAUCCUUCUUCUUCGUCCAAACACGGCGAGUGGAGGUUAGACCAAAAAGCUCUAUUUAUGUCUCAUCAGACCACAUGACCUUCUCCCAUUCCUCCUCCAGAUGGUCAUUGGCAAACUUCAGAUGGGCCUUGACAUGCGCUGGCUUGAGCAGGGGGACCUUGCGUGCGCUGCAGGAUCUUAAUCCAUGACGGCGUAGUGUGUUACUAAUGGUUUUCUUUUAGACUGUGGUCCCAGCUCUCUUCAGGUCAUUGACCAGGUCCUGCCGUGUAGUUCUGGGCUGAUCCCUCACCUUCCUCAUGAUCAUUGAUGCCCCACGAGGUGAGAUCUUGCAUGGAGCCCCAGACCAAGGGUGAUUGACUGUCAUCUUGAACUUCUUCCAUUUUCUAAUAAUUGCGCCAACAGUUGUUGCCUUCUCACCAAGCUGCUUGCCUAUUGUCCUGUAGCCCAUCCCAGCCUUGUGCAGGUCUACAAUUUUAUCCCUGAUGUCCUUACACAGCUCUCUGGUCUUGGCCAUUGUGGAGAGGUCGGAGUCUGUUUGAUUGUGUGGACAGGUGUCUUUUAUACAGGUAACGAGUUCAAACAGGUGCAGUUAAUACAGGUAAUGAGUGGAGACCAGGAGGGCUUCUUAAAGAAAAACUAACAGGUCUGUGAGAGCUGGAAUUCUUACUGGUUGAUAGGUGAUAGAUUAAUUAUUAAUUACUAAUUAUUACACCCUGAAACUGUGUAUAAUGUGUUAGAAAUAUGUGAGUGUAGGACCAGUAAAGGCUAUGGCAUUGAGCCACUAUUUAGCAAUAUGAGUAAGAGUUAGGCCAGACAACAAAGACAACUGAGAAACUAAGAUAAAGAGGCCUCCCAAUUUAGGGAGGGGAGAAACUGUUAUGAAAACAUGGUGCAGAAUAUUGUGAGAACGGCAUUAACUGAGUAAUGCAGGGAGUAGGGUAUAUGUGUGUGUGUGUGUGUGUAUGUGUGUAUGUGUGUAUGCGUGUGUGUGUGUGUGUGUGUGUGUGUGUGUGUGUGUGUGUGAACUGAUGGUCAGUAGAGCAGUUUUUAGAGUGGAAAACUACAGCCCGCCUACAGAGGGGAGGGAUUUUUUUGUAUGACGUAUGAGUAUAAAAGAUGGACUCUGAAAUUGUGAUGGCAGAAUUCUCAAUGAAUAAAUAUCUCUGACUAUGCAGACCGGGACUCUGGCCGUUACUUAAAUCCCAAAAGACUUACAACCUUUUGGGAGACGCACAGAGACACUAAAAUAGUUUGUUAAAUAAUUCACAUAACAGUAGGUGAUCAAAUACUUAUGUCAUGCAAUAAAAUGCAAAUUAAUUACUUAAAAAUCAUACAAUGUGAUUUUCUGGAUUUUUGUUUUAGAUUCCGUCUCUCACAGUUGAAGUGUACCUAUGAUAAAAAUUACAGACCUCUACAUGCUUUGUAAGUAGGAAAACCUGCAAAAUCGUCUGUGUAUCAAAUACUUGUUCUCUCCACUAUAUCUAGUUAUCACAAACAUCUCCUUAGUUGCCAGACUCCCUGGCUCCAGCAUUUCCUCUCUCUCGCUCAACCUUUUCCCCUGGUAUUAAGUGUAAAUGUCUGUGGUCUUCCUGUGAGCAGUGACCACCAUCGUGGCCUAUCUGAAGGAGGUGGAGUCUCCCUACGAAGUCCAUGACUUUAUCCGCUCCUACCUGGGCGACACUGUGGAAGCCAAAGAGUUCGCCAAGCAGUUCCUGGAGCGCCGUGCCAAACAGAAAGCAAACCACCAGAGACAGCAACAGCAGGUCUGUGUUAUAUGUAUACUGAACAAAAAUUUUAACGCAACAUGAAACAAUUUCAUAUAAGGAAAUCAGUCAAUUUAAAUAAAUUAAUUAGGUCCUAAUAUAUGGAUUUCACGACUGGGAAUACAGAUAUGCAUCUGUUGGUCACAGGUACCUUUAAAAAAAAAAGGUAGGGGCGUGGAUCAGAAAACCAGUCAGUAUCUGGUGUGACCACCAUUUGCAUCAUGCAGCGCGAUACAUCUCCUUCGUAUAGAGUUGAUCAGGCUGUUGAUUGUGACCUGUGGAAUGUUGUCCCACUCCACUUCAAUGGCUGUGCAAAGUUGCUGGACAUUGGCGGGAACUGGAACACGCUGACGUACUCGUCGAUCCAGAGCAUCCCAAACAUGCUCAAUGGGUGACAUGUCUUGAGUAUGCAGGCCAUGAAAGAACUGGGAUAUUUUCAGCUUCCAGGAAUUGUGUACAGAUCCUUGCAAUAUGGGGCCGUGCAUUAUCAUUCUGAAACAUGAGGUAAUGGCGGCGAAUGAAUGGCAUGACAAUGGGCCUCAGAAUGUCGUCACGGUAUCUCUGUGCAUUGAAAUUGCCAUAGAUAAAAUGCAAUUGUGUUCGUUGUCCGAAGCUUAUGCCUGCCCAUACCAUAACCCCACCACCACCAUGGGGCACUCUGUUCACAACGUUGACAUAAGCAAACCGCUCACCCACGCAUACACCACGCUGUCUGGCAUCGGCCCGGUACAGUUGAAACCGGGAUUCAUCCGUGAAGAGCACUCUUCACCAGUGGCCAUUGAAGGUGAGAAUUUGCCCACUGAAGUUGAUUUACAACGCCGUACUGCAGUCAGAUCAAGACCCUGGUGAGGACGACGAGCCCGCAGAUGAGCUUCCCUGAGACUGCUUCUGACAGUUUGUACAGAACUUCUUUGGUUGUGCAAACCCACAGUUUCAUCAGCUGUCUGGGUGGAGAAGCCGGAUGUGGAGGUCCUGGGCUGGCUUGGUUACACGUGGUCUGCGGUUGUGAGGCCUGUUGGACGUACUGACAAAUUCUCUAAAACGACGUUUAAGAAGGCUUAUGGUAUAGAAAUUAACAUUCAAUUCUCUGGCAACAGCUCUGGUGGACAUUCCUGCAGUCAGCAUGCCAAUUGCACGCUCCCUCAAUGUGAGAUCUGUGGCUUUGUGUGACACAACUGCACAUGUAAGAGUGGCCUUUUAUUGUCCCCAGCACAAGGUUCACCUGUGUAAUGAUCAUGCUGUUUAAUCAGCUUCUUGAUAUGCCGCACCUGUCAGGUGGGUGGAUUAUCUUGGCAAAGGAGAAAUGCUCACUAACAGGGAUGUAAACACAUUUUUGCACCAAAUUUGAGAGAAAUAAGCUUUGUGUAUGGAAUAUUUCUGGAAUCUUUUGUUUCAGCUCAUGAAACAUGGGAAACACUUGACAUGUUGCGUUUAUAUUUUUGUUCAGUAUAAUAAUAAAUAAAUAUACAUUCCGUUUCAGACACUUUUAUCCAAUGCGGCUUAGUUAUGUGUGCAUACAUUUUACGUAUGAGUGGUCCCCGGAAUCAAACCCACUACCCUGGCAUUACACGCGCCAUGCUCUACCAACUGCGCUACAAAGGACAUUAGCGUAUUUUGUGUCGAUCGUUGACCAAAAAAUGACAAAUCUAUUUUAAUCCCACUUUGUAACAAUAAAAUGUGAAAAAGUCCAACGGGGUGUAGACUUUCUAUAGACACUGUAGCUGUGUUUGCGGUGUGGCUGUAUAAGACAUUAUCAGUAACCAACAUCCCUCUCCCCCCCAGCUGUCAAAAGAAGUUGCAGGGCUGUCCGUGAACAACUUUCCUGUACAGGUAGGCUCCUCUUUAAGUCAUGACCAACAUUCUUGUUAUAUCAAUCUAUACUUUUCUAAUGUUAGAGCACUAAUUGGAAUUUGCAAAUACCCAAUACAUUGUCUGUCACCACGUUGUUCCCCUCUCUCCUCACCUCUCUCUUUUCUGUAGUCCAUGUUCCAGGCAGCCCAGAUGGGGACAGGAGGAAUGUAUGAUAGCCAGGCUGCAAAGAUGAAGAAGAAACAGACCAUGAUGCUUCACUCCGACCCCAGCAUCUUAGGUAUGCAGACACUCAGUCAAUAAUACGUGAAGUAUAUUUAUUUAAUAUCUUGAAGCACAGUGAAAAGUAAACUAAAUGGAGUGAAGUAUUGAGUGGUUGAUGUUUUCUAUAUACAGGUGUUAGGUUAUUAUCAAAGAGCAAUAACUCGAAGAAGCAGCACAGGCCAAGUUUAUUCAUCCCAUUGGGUCAUAUAGCUGCAAAGAAAAGAUAUGACGAUACAAGCGCAUAUAUUUGUAACCUCCUAGGCAGGGCCAACUCCUUACACAUCUAGACAGCCAAUACAUCUCUGUUGCUCGGCAGGAACUUAAUUGGUUCCUCUCACUGGUGUAGUCAUGGUCCUGCCUGAUGCUAGAACCUUUGCAGGCGUGGAAGUGUGUGUGUGAGAUAGGACUGUAGUAGCAGGGCCGUUGGGGUGGGCCCCUCUGGCCCCCCUCCGAGGUUUCUUCUCACUUCUUCUGUUGACUUGACCUUGAGCCGAAUUCCACGCUACUCAGUAGUUCUGCAGCUGGCCUGCCUUAUCAAAGACUAACUGUUGCGCUUCGCCUCCCUCUGUAACUUUCCAUACACAUUCCUUAUUCACCCUUCAUUGACACAGAACAUAAACAGUUAUCAUACAUCUAAUGUAAUCAAUAAGUUCUGAUAUAGUGACAGGAAUAAGUAUAUUUAAAGUUAGAACCCAACAUGGGAGAGUAACUACAGAAUACCGUAAACUUCCAAAUGUGAAAAGUAGUGGAAUCCAUGCUGGAUGUGGAUAGAAUUUAACCAUGGUGUUUCUCAUGCAGGAUAUUCAUUCCUGGGCGCAGGAGACAGGAUGAGCCUGGGAGAGAUGGAAACAGUGGAGGAUUAUUGAUCCACAGCAUCUACCUGAAUCCACCUGAGGCCUUACACCUGGCAUACGACACACACUGACCUACACACACACACACACACACACACACACACACACACGAAUGUGCACUGCUGAGCUACGUUGCCCCCUCUUAGAUGAGGACCUGGUAAAGUAGUGUUUUCUCCCUGGUCUCUCGGUGGG